CGGUUCUGCCCCGAGCGUAGCUGCCCGAGGUUGUCUCGGGCCAGGGGUCGCGCCGGAAGUGGCUGUGCCGCGCGUCCUGGUGUUGGUAGGAAACUGCGAGAGGAAUUCAGUCAUUGAAGGGGGCGCGGCACCACUGACAAACCAUGUGCAGAAGCUGGGUCAGCAAGAAUGUCACUCCUUAUACUGGUGUCCAUUUUCUUAUGUGCAGCUUCUGUUAUGUUUUUGGUAUAUAAAAAUUUUCCACAGCUUAGUGAAGAAGAAAGAGUGAAUAUGAAGGUUCCAAGAGAUAUGGAUGAUGCCAAAGCUCUAGGAAAAGUUCUCUCCAAAUAUAAGGACACCUUUUAUGUACAAGUAUUGGUGGCUUAUUUUGCUACAUAUAUUUUUUUGCAAACAUUUGCUAUUCCAGGUUCCAUAUUUCUCAGUAUACUUUCGGGGUUUCUUUAUCCUUUUCCACUAGCCUUAUUCCUUGUUUGUUUGUGUUCUGGACUUGGUGCCUCAUUCUGCUACAUGCUCUCCUAUUUAGUUGGAAGACCUGUUGUAUACAAAUACCUAACAGAGAAAGCAGUAAAAUGGUCACAACAGGUAGAGCGUCAUAGAGAACAUCUCAUUAACUACAUUAUAUUUUUGAGAAUCACACCAUUUCUACCUAAUUGGUUUAUUAAUAUUACAUCUCCUGUGAUAAAUGUGCCAUUGAAAGUGUUUUUUAUUGGCACUUUUCUAGGUGUUGCACCUCCCUCUUUUGUAGCAAUUAAGGCAGGAACAACUCUGUAUCAGCUUACAACAGCAGGGGAAGCUGUUUCCUGGAACUCAGUAUUUAUUCUGAUGAUUUUGGCUCUUCUUUCUAUUCUGCCAGCCAUCUUCCAAAAAAAACUAAAACAAAAAUUUGAGUAAAAAUUGUGGGGUUUUGUUUACCACCACCGUUACUACCAUCAUCAUCAUCAUCAUCUCAGGAUUAGCAGGUGUAUCUAUCCAUUUGAUGUUUUGAAAUCAUCUCUUCAGUAACUGGAGGAAGGAUUUGAGACAGUUAAAAUAAUGCAUUUAUGCUGUCAUAAGGUUUAUGAGCUGUAUCUUAGAAAAUGCUGUGCGAGAGCAACUCUGAUACAUCAUUCAUGUGGCUUAAUUUGGAAUUCUUACUCUGAAAUGAUUAAUUGAAUUUAGUGUUUUUUUUCUUUUCUGUCUGACUAAUAACUAAAAUAGUGAACUUGGGUACAGUGGUGCAUUCAUGUAAUCCUAGCAGCUCAGGAUACUUAAGGCCAGAGGAUUGCUAGUUUGAGACAAGCUUGAGCAACACCCUGUAUUAAAGUAAAAUAAGGUACAGUGAAAUCAAAUAAAAAAUUCAGACCACAAACUAAAUACUUGAGACAAAAGGGGGGCUUUAUUUUCUUUCUCUUUUCAGACAGCACUUUCCAUAGGCUAGUGAAUGUACCAAGGAUGAGUUAUUUAAGUUUUUCUUGCAUAUUUUUUAUCAUGGAUUAGUCUGAUAAUUUAAAUUCUGGCCAGUCUGUUUUCAUCCUUUUUCUAGGUUUUACAGUAUUUCCACCAUACAUAUAUAAAAUGAGAAUUAUAUGCCUGUAUCAUAUUGGUGUUGAUAAUGUAUAUUCAGAUAAUAAUAUUUUGUUAUAGUGUCUUUAUUAUCUCAAUGGGGUUCUAAAAGUAAGUACUCGAAGCGUAUAGUUUUUAGACAUUAAUUAUUUUAUACUGAAACAUCUGGCAGAAGCAUUAGUGUUCUAAUGACUGUAAAUUUUGCCUCAUUAAUAUGUCUGUUCAUUAAAGAGUGUAUUGUAUAAUUACCUUUUAUGCAUGAUAAUCUGUGGAUUGCUUUGUUGCCUUUCUUCUGAUGACUUCCUGUUUGGGAUAGCACUGUUUCCCAACUGUAUAGCUUUUAUUUUCUUACUUCAUGGAGUAAAACAAUUUCUUGGAAGAGACUCCUUUUGGCUAUGUGGGUAUGCCCUUCACUCCUUGCCAGGACAGAGUGAUGUAAAGCACUGUAAGAUCCAGUUGGUGUCUUGAAUAAUUGCUUUAGCGGUGUGGGAAGUCCUUGUGUUUUUAUUAUUCAUAGUGUGAUCAUUGAAGCCCAUCUCUCCUGCAUAAUGUGGACUAAUCUUUUUCUGUCACAGUAUUAAUAUGUGAAUAUAUUACAAAUACAAGGAAAGUAAUAUUGAUCGA